UUGGUAGUUCCGCUUCUUCUCCCCUCUACGUCCUCGACCUGUGUUUUGUUACUAAAAGAAAAUGGCAGUUUUUACUCCAAAUUGUUACAGAUUUCAAUAUUUAUUAAAUCUGAGGACGAUGGACUCGUUUUUAUACUCGUAGAUUUAACUAGCAAUUAACGUGAGUGUCCGGUUACGGGAAGCGAAUUUUCGACGUCCACUGUAAAAGUGGUAUUCUUUAAUUGUUUUUGUGUGUUGAUAAACUAUGAAAGUUCUUUAAAUACCUAGUGCGUUUAAGUUUAAAGGGGUCUCGAUGUUAAAAUGACAAUGGAAGAUUGUGUUAUAGAGGUGGACGAUAAGUCCUGUUGUGAGGAGCUGACAGACUGGCAUAGAGAGGUGACACUAAAACUAUUUGGAGAAAGUGGAACCACUAAAAUAUGCGACAAUCUUGACUAUGCACUUCAAGAAUAUAACAGGAUUUUAAAAAAAUACGAAACCAAUCGCGGAAUAAAGCAGAUUCUCAAAGACAGGAUAUUGGACCACGUGAAAACCUUCCACAGUUUUCUUCCGAAAUGUAGCAUAUGGACGGGAGCAUCAAGUUACAUCGAAACCAUGCAAAAUGUGCUUAUCAUCCUGUGCAACUUGGAAUUGGAAAUGGCAACGGAUAUUAAAAUCUCCAAUUCCAUGGAGUACAGUACGAAAAUAAUGGAAAUUACGGAAAGAAUCGUUUAUAUUUUACCCAUAUACUUAUUAGGCGACAAUGUAGGUAUCUGUCACGUGCUACUGAAACUUCGCCCAAGAUUUCAAUCGCGGCAGUGGAAAGACAUCAUGAGGGUCAUUUAUAGACAUUUUUUAGUUAUGGCGCCCGUAUACGAUAAAUCGAAAGAGAAUUUCUGUAGAAACUACUUGCUAUUUCAAAACCUGAAGGCGAUCACAAACAAAAAAGACCAUCCUAGAAUAGACGCGCUCCUGUACAGCAAAUUCGGUCUGACCUCUGACGUACUGAAAACAAACCAGAAGAUAAGGCGAAUCCUACGUCCGCUAUCUAACUCUAUCAUCGAUCUCGUCGACAUGCUAACGGAUCACAAACAAUCACCGAUUAACAACUACUUUAAAUAUAUGGCGAAGAAAAAGAAGGAGAAGGAAACGCCUCUGUCUAUUUACCUAGGUAGUGAGUCGGAGGAGGAGGAGGAUGUGCCACACUUCGUGAAACAAGUACCUUGCAGGAGUAGGCUUCAAGACUCGGAUGCAGUAAUACUCGUUGAUGAUGACAACAUUAAGACGGAAGCUUCCAACAGUAUCAUUUGCCUAGAUGACGAUUCGGAUUGUGAAGUCACGGUAUCACCCAGUGAAGAAAAGUGCACCAGGAAAAAACCACCGGACUUACCAUUGCCGAGUCCGGGCUUGUCAUUCUUGGAUUUAAUCGCCAUUCCAAAUAAAACGAUUUCAACACUGGAAUCUCCACCGUAUUCUAUCGAAACAGAACGUUCGCCAGCGUCGGACGAUCAAUUCCAAAGCGCCGAAACAAAUUUCGAUGAAAAUGAAUUGGACAAAGCGCAACGAAUGGAAGAGACUUGUACGUCCGCCGAUACGAUUACUAAUGAGUUUUUAGAGUUAUCCAUGCCUUCGACAGUGGAAGAUAAAACGGAAAAUGCCGAGAAGGAAAGUGAGGCCGUGGAAACAAAAGAAAGUGAAUCUCACAUUUCAAGUGAUAGUGUUGCGGAAAUUCAGACCGAAGCCGAAACUGAUAUUAACGACAAAUCCGAAGAGAAUGAGCCCGCCGAUAUAGGUCCCAGUUCAGAUACCGAGCAGGAAUGCACCGACAAUCUCGAUUGCACCCAAAACGCCGAAAAGUGUCUUCCGAAUGGCGGCUAUAAUUUAAUGCACGGUUUAAUUACGCCCCCUAAAUCCGAUCGAACAAGCGAUGAUGUUGUUACUGGUGCGAAAAACGUUUACGUACCCGACAUCAUGCGAAUUGAUUCGAUCUGUUACGACGGUUUUGAAAACCUUCCUCUAAUUGCAGAGAGUUCUUCGUACGAAGACGCGGCUGCAGAAGACAAUGAGAAUAAAAGACACGAGGAGAGCCAAAGUUACGAAAAUUACGAAUCUCCCGAAAAUUUGGAGGAAUUACAGGUGGAACUCGAUCAGAAUUUAGAACUGCCCGAGUCUAUUAAUAUUUCGGAUAUCAAUUUAAAUGCGGUCUGUGAAGAUUCGUCUGGGGACAUUUUGGCCGAUAUAGUUUCUACUGAGGAACAAUCGCUUGAUUCGUCUUUGUUUAAAUCUACUCCUCAAACUUGUGUUGAUGACGCUACCAAAGGACCUAGUGCUAAUUGCGACGAUCUGAUUGAUGAUACACGGACAGGUGGUAGUAAAAGUGAUUUUCACGCAAAUCUGGAGCCUAAACAGGUUAUUGAUAAAAUAAUCUUCACGUCAAGUGAAAAACUUAGUGCCCCUUUAGCUUUAUUUUCGAAAUUUGAACAGUUGCAAUCGGAACUAGUGGAAAAUGCCUGCUCGGGCCCGAUCGAACCCAUGCGUAUCUUGGUAAAUUCCGCAGAGCACUCAAAUUCCAAUGACAGUUUAGGAUGCGCAAUCUCGCCUUGUCGUCCUUUUCCGGAAAACUCGCCAACGUCCCCCCCUUUCGAACAAAUCAACACGCGGGACUAUCAAAUCCACUUGGACCGCUACUUAAGCUCCAGAAAGAACGGGGAGGUUAUCCGGACAGAGCCGCACAAGACGAUCAUUACGGUGCCUACCGAUAGAAAGAAAAAGCUAGGUGAAGUUGACGAAAAGGAGAUUAAACCGCAUGUACCCAAGAAGGUACGUUUCGACGGACUGCCCCUGAUCGAAAAUGACAUUCUGUCAGAGGCCAAAGAUUCGUUAGCCCGGUAUAAAAUUUCAAAGGACGAUACAAAGUUGGUGUUUCUUCAACCACAAGUACCGAUACGAAUCGAGUCUAUGCACGAGUUGAAAGAAAAAGAAGAAGUGCUAAAGCUGCGAAGUAAACUGUAUAAUUCUAAUAAUACCGAUAACAAAUACACAAUCAAACGUGUGGAUUAUAAACAAGUGAACGGCACAGUUAUUUCUCCUCCGGAAAUUAGACACUCAGUUUCAAAUCUUAUACAUAAUAAUUUAAAUUCGACAGUGGAAGGUAUACCUUCUGGGUAUACUCCGGCAGUGAAUGGCUACACAUCAGUACAUGGUCUUCAACGUAACAAUUCCAUGGAACGGAAGCAGAAUUUUAAUAGUCAGCAACAAAAUCAAUUUAACGAUUCCAGUAAUUCUGGAAUUCUAAAUUUAAGCGUUUCGUCUACUGUAAAUGCACUAACUGAACUUGAUACUCCAGAAUCGGAGUUUUCGAGAUCGCCUAAAUUGCUUCAAAACACAGACCAAAUUGUUCAACAAUGUUUGAUCGAUAAUUUAGAUAAUACAGUUGAACCAGAUAUUACCAUUCAUAAAGAAAUCACAUUACUUUCCAAUAACUCCAACUUUUACUCCACUCCAGAUGCGACUCUGCCGACGAAAAGUCCUGUAUCCAAUCCCGUUGCAGAUUCUUACAUUAAUUAUAAGGACGAUUUAGAGGAACUAUUAAGUAAAGAUGAACUUGAGAAAUUAUUCGAUGAUAAGAAUUGCGAAACCGAAAUUACGCUACCUCUUAAGAAGCGCAGGUUACUUCCGAAAGUGAACGAACCUGUUCCCUUCAAGGAGGAAAUCAGUUACCCCGCCACUCCUAUGAUUAGCAUUGCGGAAAUCGAAGCCUUAACUCAAAAUUGCGCCAAAAAUAAUAGAUCCUUUAAAACGGCCGCUGAACGUAAAGAAAUGCCUCCCAUACCCCUAGUAUAUAACAAAAAUUCCUCCGAACCCACUCCUAUUAUCACAGACCAAUUCAAUAUUAACAAUCACACUUACAACAACCCAACCAUUAAUUACCAUAUGAAUAAUGUGCCUUUGCCGUUUAUUAACGUACCUUGCGCCCCUUACUACUCUUUCCCUCCGUUUAUUGUACCUUUCAAUAAUGUUACCACUUACCCCAAUUUAAGUCAAGACUGCGCUACGAUUAAAAAAGAAGAGGAGCAUCAGAUAAUCAUGAAGAAUGCGAAGAAACAAAAGAAAGAAAAAAAGAAGCAGCACGCGAAAACGAAAGAAUUUUUUCAACAAUUCCUGUCAGACAAGAAAUUCAUUUUUUAAAGCAUUUUCGAUAGAAGCCUGAUAUAAUCAGUAACAGUAUUAUCAUUUUAGCCUGUGAUAUUUAUUUGUUUUAUUUAUUGAUGUUUAUGAAUGUUUAAACGUAAUUUCAAGCUUACAGAGAUUUUUUUUACAUUAACCGUGCAUUGCAUUCCAUUUGUACAAAUCCAAGUGUAUUUCAAAUUUUACUGCAUGUUAUUUCCACUUAUGAAUCAUCACUCUGAAGAAACCGACAGAACAGGAUGCAAGAUUCUAUCGCAGUUAUCGAACAAAAAAUUUAUUUAAUUUAUGAAUAGUAAUUUAAUUAUCGAUAAAUAACUUUUAUUUUGCAUUUUAAUUUUGAUAUAAUAUACUAGAAGAAAUUAACAAUUCUCUCACCGGAAUCGUCUGGCUUUCGUAAUUAUGGAAAAGAAGUUUAUGUUAUUAAUUAUUAAUUGAAGAGAAAAUUAGUUUAAAAAUUCUAAUCAAAACCAUUUGUGUUUUAAGGUUUCCGUUACAAUUAUGAAACCACGGCUAGUAAUAAUGCUUCGUCCCACAGAAACUAUGUAUCAGGUGUUCCAUAUUCGUAUGACGCCAUGCAUACGUAUAUUCCUUCUUCGUUGUCGCGGACGGUGCCAAGAAGAGGCAGAG